AUGGACAUUGUUAGCUCAAUAACCCCACCCUCUUCCAAGGGGCAUCGCUUUAUUUUAGCGAUAACUGAUUACUUCUCUAAAUGGGCAGAAACAAUCCCGUUGAGAGAAGUUAAAAUGAGUGAUGUUGUUAAGUUUUUAAAACAUCACAUCAUAUACAGAUACGGCAUUCCGAGACAUAUCGUCCAUGACAACGCGCCCCAGUUCGUUAGCCAAGCCUUCACCCGAUUUUAUGAUAAAUUCAAGAUCAAAAAUUUGGCUUCAACAGCUUAUAACCCUGCUGCUAAUGGGCAAGCAGAAGCAUUCAACAAGACCAUCAUUAGAAUUCUCACUAAGGUGGUUUCGACAAAUAAAAGAGACAGGAAUGAGAAGUUAGGUCAAAGUUUGUGGGCUUAUCGCACAACGGUUCGCACGCCAACAGGAGUGAUACCAUAUUCCUUAGUAUAUGGAUGUGAAACCGUAUUACCAUCGAAAAUUCAAAUUCCAUCUCUGCGAAUAGCACUUGCAACUGCCAUGACAAAGGAAGAAAGUCAUCACCGACGUCUUGAAGAACUGGAAGCGCUAGAUGAAAAGUGA